GAGCAUCAUGGCUCCCAUCUCUCUGCUUCUGCUGGCUGCUCUGCUGCCGUACCUGAGCCACUCUGCCAGUGUUAAUGUUGGUAUAAUAAAUGGCACGGAGGCUAAACCUCACUCCAGACCCUACAUGGUGUCUAUUCAGGAAUAUGGAUCACACCAAUGUGGCGGCUUCCUUUUGUCUGAAAAAUUCGUCAUGACGGCUGCGCACUGCCGAGAGGAUAAAGAGACGCUUACAGCAGUGCUGGGUGCCCAUGAUCUGUCAAACAAGCAAGAAAAAGGUUCUGUCCGCAUGGAAGUGGAGUCUUACUAUCGCCAUCCCAACUACAGUAAAGGCACUUUGGACAAUGAUAUCAUGAUUUUAAAGUUGCGUGGAAGAGUCAAAAUGGGCCCAAAUAUCAGUUGGAUUCCCAUCCCACAAAGAAACAAAGAUGUUCCGGCCAACAUGGUCUGCAGUGUAGCUGGAUGGGGACAGACAGAAGCCAAGAUACUCUUACGUGAUCCUCUUAUGGAGACAAAAAUAAGAAUCGUAGGCUACGCACAAUGUAAGAAGCUCUGGGGGCAUUAUCUAAGCCCAGUGAAGAUGUGUGCAGUUCAUCCUGGAGGAGUUUGCAUGGGAGACUCUGGAGGUCCUUUGGUGUGUGGGAAUACUGCAGUGGGCAUUGCUUCCUUCAUUCAGGAAUGUAAUGCACCCACGAAGCCAAAUGGUUUUGCCAAAAUAUCUGCAUUUCUGCCCUGGAUCAAGUCUGUUAUUGGAAAAAUGUAA